AGGAUGUAGCCAUUUCGGCUACCACCCUAUCCUCCGUUGUAGAACGCCUUCUGAAUCGGGACGGGAGGAAAGUGUGAGUGCUUCGUUCUUUCUACAAAAUGCAGACACGUUCGUUCUCCAUGGCGGUGGCCGCGUUGCAGCGGCAGCUGCGCAACCAUGCGACACUUCAUAUCAUGGCCAGCGACCGAACCGUGCGCCUGCUCGUGGUGGUCACGGCGCUGCUGUUUCUGCCCUUGGACUUCACGCAACUGGCCUUCGCGGUCACAGGGGCUUGUAUCUAUACCUUCAUCCAGCACGCCUCAGAGCACGAGGAUUGGUGGCCGAUGAGCUCCAAGAAGUCGAAGGGCAAAGGGGCCCGCAAAGCUCCACGGUCCAUGAAGGCUUGGCCCCCACGCCUGCCGGGCGUUUGCUGGGAGGCCGACGUGCAGCUCCUGUUGGCCCAGAUCACCCCCGGCGCCGAGGCGGAGCGCGCCGUCGCCCGCAUCGUGGAGACGGUACGCGAGGCGAUCCGCCCGCUCUUCCCCGAGUCCGACGUCUGCGGCUUCGUGAGUGGAGAGCUCGAAGGAAGCCGUGCCUUCCGGGUGGCCGUGCCGGACAUCGAGCUGGUGGUGUCGGUGAGCCCCGAGCUCUUGCGCCAGAAGUUGUUGGGAAAGCUGGAGAGAAAGUUGGACAAACAGCUCGAGAAGGCGGCGAUCCGCAGCAUCGCGGAGAUCCUGGUGACCUCCUGUGGCUUCAAGUUCCGGCGCAGCGCCUUCCGAGGCGAGGAGCCGAAGCUCACGCUGCUGGCGCCGGGCGGCGACGCUGAGGCCGUGCCCUUGGACUUGGCUGUGAACGCGGAGACGCCGCUCUACGCGGCCGCGCUGCUGAGUGAAUGCGCUCAAUGGGACCUUCGUGCCAAGCAGUUGAUUCUGCUGGUGAGGCGCUGGGCCAAGGAUCGUGGGAUUUGCCAUGCGGCCAAGGGCUACCUCUCACCCUACCACUGGAGCCUCUUGGUGAUUUACUUCCUCCAAGUGUGCCCUCGAGUGCUCCCGCCUUUGACCGCCUUCAUGGCCUUUCAACAGCUCUCGUCCAAAGGGAGUGCUUCUUCCCCGGAUGACGCCCCGCGACCGGAGCCAAAUCCAGUCCACACCUCCAAGCUCUUCAAGGAUUUCAUGCACUUCUACCAAGACUUCGACUGGAGGAAUGAGAUGAUCAACCCCAUCAGCGGUUCGCCGGGCAAAUCGACCUUUGAGGACAGCUCCAGCCCUCUCAUCUUGCAGGACCCCUUCCGCCCGCUGAACCUGGGACGUCGCAUCUCCACCAGCAGCUUCGCGCGGACGCAGGAGGAGUUCGCCCGCGCGGGCGCCAUCUGCGCGGAGGGCGUGGCGGUCGGGCGGAUCUUCGAGCUGUGGGUGCCUCCCACAGGUGAUGCAGAGGAAGAUUGAGCGCGCAGAGUCUCAACAGUUCGCUGCGGCAGUUUCGAUGAAGUGGUGUGGGUGCGUGCGGUCCAUCGACCAUUGAGCCUGAGACCAUGGGUUUCUUGCGAAAUUGACUCUCCAUACUUAUCCGCCCACCGUGGGCGCGUCCUGCACCUGCACACAGCUCCGCAGGGCUCCGCAGGGCGGAAUCAGACACCUGGGACAGCCAAAAAGACGUAGAUCGCUGGGGGAGAAGAAGGGACGGCCGGUGGCGCUAGACAGCGGGGG